AGAGAGAGGAGGGAGGGGCUUAGCUAUCACCAAAAUUUCUUAUCAGCGGAUCCCAGAGGGUGCAAGCUACUGCCAUCGAAGUCAGUACACUGCCUUAGUCCGGUCCGCCAGCACCUCUAUCUCCCGCUGCACGUCCACAACGCCAAAAGGUAUAACUUUCCUUGUGUCAUUGGUCAAGGCAUCACUUAUAUGAGUUUUGCCACCUAGUAAAAAGAAUACAUAACCUUCACCCACAAGAGUACCUAGUAGCUGUGUUGGUAAUACACUUACGAGACGAACCGGUUACAGCGAGUCCAAUAGGAAUCUCUUCCAUCUCAGAUGUCUUGGAACAGUUACAUCGAAAACCUCAUCAGCAGCGGCCAUGUUCAGAAGGCUGCAAUCUACGGACUAGAUGGCUCAAAAUGGGCAGCCUCUGAAGGAUUCGAAGUUAGUAAAGAUGAAUUCGAUGCAAUAAAGGCUGGCUUUAAUGAUACCAAGAACUUCAGCAUGUCAGGCAUGCGUGUGGGCCAAACAAAGUUCUUUUUCCUGAGUGGCUCUGAUGACAUUCUAAGAGGCAAGAAGGAAACAACUGGAGUGCAUGUAGCUAAGACUGAACAGGCCAUAAUUAUUGGCUACUAUGACCAAGCAUCCACAUCCAACUUGUGUGCAACACAAGUGGACUGUAUGGCUGACCACCUCAAGAAGUCAGGUUACUAGGCAAUGACUUACAAAGUGAACUGAGAGAGAGAGAGCGAGAGAUUAGACUAAGACCUUCUAUAGCAUACCAAGUAUACCACAAGUUGUGUAUUUCUUUUUUUCCAUAAUGUGACGUCUAAAAUACUUGUUUAUAUCAGUAUUUUUCCUACUACUCAAAAGGAGGUCCCAGUUCUUUAACAAGUAAUGAUGCUAAAUGACCAUCUUCUAAAGUGAAGUCUAUUGAAAAGGUGAUUCUUCUCUUAUUUUCAUCAACAACAUAAUUGAAUAUGCAAUAAACCCCUAUCUUCUAUAAA